AUCUCGACAUUUCGGCCACUGCCACGCCACGCACAAUGUCCCAAUUCAGAGCGAAGAAGCUUGAUAUUGCGGGCUUCAUCAACCCCCGCGUUAUCCGCGAUCACACCAAGCGCAAGGUUUUCGAGCAGUAUGAGCCGGACCGUCAAGCUCUCCGCUACAUAAUUCGCAACACAAGCCUUCCCCAGCGUGCCCGUGCCCAGGCCCAAUUGCAGCUCUCCCAAAUGCACGCCUACACUCGUUCCACCCAGAUCAAGAACCGAUGCGUAGCAGGAGGUACAGCCAGGAGUAUUAUUCGGGCCUUCAGAAUCGGAAGAUACCAAUUCCGUACACAAGCUCUCGCGGGUGAAUUACCAGGAGUCAAGAAGGCUAGUUGGUAAUUUGGGGUACAUUACCGGGUUGAAAUUGGUCUUGCAAGUUUGUUUGACGACUUGCAAAAUGGCGUUUGUUCUAAAUAUCAUAUCCGAGGACGAUUGUACGAUAAGUUAGAUGGGUCUAUACAAAUCAUUACUAUUUUAUAUUUCACUUACUGCCAAUUCUCUUUUUUUUCAUCUUCUGUCAAGAUGAUAAGAGAGUGAAUUUCUGGGUCUAUGAAGCAAUAAUUCUCUCAUUUGAUAGAUCCAGCUCCCAGUCAUUCAGCGCCCUGCUUCACUGCAGAUGCCCACGGGAAGGAGCAAACGGAG